UGGUAAAUAAAUCGCAGAGCACGCAGAGCAGAGAGAAGCUGUGUCGGUAGAUAGUCGGUGUGUUUAUCCGGAUAAAAAUAGGUCCGUAACGGCUUGGUACUCUCCUCUGUCUGUCGGUAUUCAGUCUUUACGAUAGUUAUGAUUUAGAACUACAACAGCAACAGUUUACGGCAUGUCGUGACGAACAGUCCGAGCGGAAUCACGUGAAUGUUCUGAAGUGAUGGACACGCCCCCUGGCACAGAGGAAUCGUCUACUCCUCAUGUGGUAGGCGUGAGUCUGUGUGGCUCCGCCCCCUUGCUUUGGCGUGUGAAGGACCUGCGCUCUGUGAGGUCUCAGGGCCUGGUGGGGGCUCUGCUGGGCUCUCUGCCCCGCACCCCACGACAGAACCUACGCCUGGGCCGCCCGCUGCUGCUGCUGCCUGAGGAGGAGCUGCUGCUCAGUGAAAGACACGCCGCUGCCGCCCUGCCACCAGAUAAACAGGAUGUAGAGAGGGCAGAGCCUGUUGUGCAGGUGGAGCAGUUGGAGGCGGAGCAGCAGAGGAGUUAUAAGGAGCAGAGCGUACUCGCUCUGGGAGACAGGAAGUCAGCGCUGCUGCGAGCAAUGACAUCAUCACAUACAGAUCCUGGGCCAGGGCCUCCAGGCAAGGGAGUGCCAGCCCGCCUGGAGGCCCUAGACCGGGGCUUUUUCUUCCCUCAGUCAGCGCUGGCAGUGCAACUGAGUACGGCAAGGGCGGGGCUUACUCACUGCCCAGAGAGCCGAGCCUUCCUCCAGGCGGACUGGCCAAUCAGAGCACAAGACGGUCAACAUCGCCAUGACAGGUAUCAGGUGUUCAGGGACCUAAGGAGGCGGGGCUUCUACCUGACCUCGGCUGGGAAGUUUGGAGGAGACUUUCUGGUGUAUCCAGGUGACCCUCUGCGGUUUCACGCCCACUUCAUUGCUGUCUGUCUGCCUGCUGAUGAUCCUGUCUGUCUGCUAGACUUCCUGUCUGUGGCUCGUCUGGGCUCCAAUGUCAAAAAGACGGUCCUGCUUUGCUCGCAAUCGGGGGAUGGAGUCCUGUACACCUCACUGCAGUGGAGCGGGAUGGUUUAGGAACAGGAUCAGGACACUGGAGGUGGAGGAACUUCAACGUUUAGAGGCAUAGCUGGGUAUAAACCACCCCCUGCUGGUCCUCAGAACACAGAUUUGGAACCCUAGACUGAGACUCACAAGGACUUGAUUUAGUUCUGUUUACAGAUUGAAGCUGCUGAGAUCCAGGUUUAGGGUCACAGAGUCGACAUGAGCUGAUCCCGUUUAAGAGCCAGAUCCACCUUUUUGUUUCCUGUUUUAAAAAUCCAGUUUAAUCUGAACCCCCUAGAGCUGAGGGCUGAUUUUUUUUUUUUUACCAUGGUUUUAGUUCCUAUCUUUAAACAAUAGUAGGGAGACCGUUUGUUUCUUGGCCUUGUAUUUAUCCUUUCAAAAUAAAACUCUAUGGCUCUAAAAACA